AUGGCUGCUGAAGGAUCGUCAGUAUCGUGUUUCCGUACAAAGCUCGAUAGAAGGCUAUUCGGUAAUCGAAUUGUGAUUUGGCUCAAUGAUUCAACAGAUGGCUUGCAGGCCAAAGAGACUCUUCAGUAUUUGCAGCAAGAAAUUAAGGAUUUAAUACUUACCGACGAUGUCGAUGCCUCAGAUAGUUUCGGGAAAACACUGACACCGUUAAUACAUGAUAUUGAACAAAUUCAAAGGAUCUAUAUUUAUUGUGAAACAUGGUUAGGGUAUCCAAUUUGGGAUUCUACUGUAUUUAAUAAAGUUUCUGGUCUAUUCGAUGACAAAACACUAUUGAAGUCAAUUUUACUCGAAGACAUUAAAGAAUAUGAGGGACGUGAACUAUACAUGGGCAGUAAUUCAAGGAAAGCAACGCCAGCGUCAGUACUUGGACAGGUUGCAGAGAUGUGGUACAGUGAAUAUUGUCAGAGCCCAAGCACCAAAACCCAACAUAUCUUGGUUGUAUACAACCCGAAAUCAGAUUUUAAGCAUGGAUUCGAGACGCUCACACAGCGACUGUCUCAAUUACCAAACGUGCACUUAGAAAUAGAACACGAUGUUGAACAAGCCUAUAAAACUCUAGGCAAGCUGCCCUUCACAUUUUGGCGCACCGUUGUUGACAAAAGCAUGGCCAAAGAAUUCACCCUGCUGCGAAAGGAAAAAAUGAUUAGUUUAUAUUUUUGUGUCAUUACUGUCAUUUACACACUUCGAUAUGAGGAGCAUUUACGAUGGGCUCUGAACAAUUCUAUGGAUGUAUGGGGUGGCGUUGUCACAAAUGAAGAAAAGGUUGUUAGAUUCUGUUCGGGUGAUCCUCUGACACACGAACACAAUGUAGUGAAGAGUCUUUUACAUGCCGAUGAAUCUGGCGUAAAGAAACUCAUGAGCGAAUUGUUCCAUACCAAACUUCCAUUCUCAAUAGUAGUGAAAGAUGAUGAUCCUCUGCUCAAUGGUAGAAUCAAUUUCGAUGAAAACCAAAUAAAACAACGACAGAACCGCUUCGUUAAUAUUUUGAAACCGCAAUUUGUUCAAAAUUUUCGCACCAACAGUUUAGGCGAGCUGUUUUCCAAUUUGCUUACAACAGAUAACGAGUGGAACGACAUCACACUGGGACGUUGCCUUGGCGGUAUUAUAUGUCAUGCGAAAUUGAAUAAUCGACCAAUGGAGCAUAUACGGGACAGGUUAAUCAAAUGGAUCUACCCUUCAUGCGGUGCUAUACCAAGCAAGAUUAAUGCAAUCUAUUAUGUCCGUGCUUUUACCGAAGAAACCUUUUUAUACAAAGACGUUAACUUUGCGUUGGCAAAUAAUGACCAAAGAUCUAUUUAUUGCCUUCGUGAAUAUAUUAACACCUGUAUUGUAGCAUUUGAACAAAAGCUCAUUCCAUUCUAUGCCGGUACUGUUUACAGAGCGGUUCAAAUGACAACGGAUGAGUUGACAGAAUAUAAAGUUGGCACUGGCAUUCGAUUUCUCGGCUUUAUGUCAACCAGCAAAUCUUUCAAUUUUGUAUCGUUCCUCGGUACAAACGUAAUUUUCAUUAUUCACACUUUAUCCGCACGGCAUCAACGUAAGCUCGGUCGGUACACCAACGUUGAUCUUCACACCAGUAAUGUAACAGUGAUGCCAUCGGAAGAAGAAGUAUUAUAUGCUCCUUUCUCAACAUUUGACAUUAUCAACAUAUGUACAGAUGAAGUGUCUGGUGUUACGUACAUUACUCUUAACGAGAAUGAUGUAUCAGCAGCGGAUCAUGUUAUACUAAAGCAGUUGCAACUGUACGCUGACAAAGGUGUUACAACAAAUUUUGUGAUGCCUCAGUCGCGCAUAGUACUGAACAUCGACGACAGGUCUACUGGUACCCAACUUAAUAAUCUUUCUCUUCAGGACAAUACGUCGACUAUACUUAAUAUUGAGAUACCAUAUAACGACUCAUUCGCAGCUAUACAUUCUGCUAGUAAGGAAUUUGUUUUCCAUAUACGAAACCAAAUCAUGCCAGGCGAAUACGAACGUAAUCUUCUGAAUAUGCAGCAUCAAAUUCGUGAAAAUAAUGCAUAUCUCGAUGAUUAUCUCAACGAUUUGAAUUCUUGGACAGAUGAAAUGAAGAAAAAAGAAGAGACUUUAUCGAAAACAGCAGAUGUAACUGCAUCGAAUAGAGAUCUUCCACCGGUAAGAAAUUUCGUUGCACCACCGAGACCGAAGAAGAAAUCUAAAAAGAAGAGUGAAGAAGCGAAACCGAGCGACAUCAAGUCUGCUGCUCCGAAAAUUCGUGCAUACGAUUAUCGUGCUUGGGACAAAUAUGACGUUGAUACUGAAUGUGAACGAAUUGACGCAAGUGAUGAACACAGAAGUGACGACGACGAAGAGGAUGCUGAUGAUGACGAUGAAGAAUACCAACAAGAACUUUUGAAAAAGAAAGCCGAACAUUACAAAGAUCAAGGAAAUUAUCAAUUUAAACAAAAAUCCUAUGGUGAAGCGAUUGAAUAUUAUACGAAAGCAAUUGAAUGUGAUCCAACAUCUCCGAUUUAUUUUGCUAAUCGCGCCCAGUGCCAAUUAUUUGAACAACGUUACGGUGCGUGUGAUGCAGAUUGUACAUUAGCAAUUCAACUAGAUCAAAAUUAUUUAAAAGCGUAUUAUCGACGAUCGUUAGCACGUAUCGAACUUGGCAAACUUGAACAAGCUAAGGAAGAUUUAGAAUACUUUCUAUCACGUGAACCGACAAACAUCGAUGCGAAGGCCAAAUUAAAUGAAGUGAUCAAAAAGGAUGAAAUCAAACGCUUGGGAAGAGUCUAUCCUUUGCCGAAUAAGCCAGUAGAUAAGCGAUCGACCAAACCAUUGAAACGAAUUGAUAUACAAGAAAUCGAUACAUCGGUUAUUUCAUCUCGUGAGACAACAAAGAAGAAAAGUAUUGUCAUUGAAGAGAUAGAAACAAUGGAAACGUCGACUCCUUCGGAACCAGUGCCACAACGAUCAGCACCUCAGCCAUCGAUGCCAACACCUGCACCAUCUACUUCGCAAUCGGAAGAGAUACCACCGAAACUAAUCAUUAUUCCAACAUCCGUUCCAACGACAGGUUAUCAAUUCAAACGCGAUUGGUCGAAUUUGAAUAAUCAACUUGAACAACAAUCGAUAUAUUUCAAUAAAAUUCCUCCAACAUCUUAUAAAACAAUCUUCUCUACCGGUAUUGACUCAUCAGUAUUCUCACGAAUACUCGUUUUCUGGUCGAGCAAGAUUGACAUUGACGAACAUUUAAUCAACUCAAUGCUUGAACUUCGCAAAACACCGAGGUUCAAUACCCAAUUAAGUUUUCUUGGCAAUGAUGAUAAACAACACUUAAAAACCAUUCUGGACAGAUUACAAGCAAAUUCUUCAUUUUCAUCGGAUAAAAUCCAAACAAUCCUACGUGAUUAUAAAACUGAUGGAGAUCAAAUCUAA